UAGUUCUUCUUUUUCUCCUUCAACCCCGCCCAACAACUACGUCAGCGGAAGUACGCUGACUGAGCGUACGUGAGCGAGCCGAGGUCACAUUGGUGCAGUGUCGUAAUGUUUUGAGAAAACAGCGGCGCUAUGGAGGCAGCUAACGCAGAGGAGAUCCACCUGCGGCACGUGGAGACGGACGUCCUGAUCCCCAAGAUGAUGAGGGAGAAGGCCAAGGAGCUCUGUGCAGAGAGGGUUGAAGCCUUCGCCCACUGCUGCAGAGAAUCUGGUUUCUUCAUGGUGUUCAAGUGUCGGGAGGAGAAUUCUGUACUGAAGGAAUGUCUGACACAACACUACAAGGACCCCGAGUUCUACGAGCAGUGCAAGCAGGAGUACAUCCGAGAGAAACUGGAAUUCGAAAGGACAGGCAUCCCUUCGAAGAACAGGAAACAAAAACUCCCAACGAGCAUGUAGUGAACACAACACACGACGCCCAAACAACUCCCUUCCUUUUGAAGGGGCAGACUACCGAGCACGAGGCCCCUAACCAGAACCAGAGCCUGCACAAAGUCCUCAACACCAUGGACACGUGUUCAACUGGUGGAGUUUAUAACUGAUAAAGCUUCAAGCCCGUGUUUAAUUCACAUCUGUGCUGUUUGUGAUUAUAUAAUCAAGAUGAUGCCUUUUGUUUUUGUUUUUCUGUAUAUUUGCUAAAAUAAUUUAAAUCAGAUGGCCCCAGUUGUUGCAUUGGAAUGAUCUCGGUUGAAUCAGAAGUAUUCACAUGACAUAUACCAAUGAGCCCAGUGAUAGAUAAGAGUGCAGCACUUAUGAGGCAAGCAGUCGUGAAUGGAGGGGAUGCUCAAUAUCUGCUGAACCCUUUGUGUUUAUGUUUAUGUUCUAUAUGCAAAGACAUGAGAGUCUGGUAUGUUGCCUCUGCCUGGACCCGCAGCCUAAAAUGAUCAUCCUCAGAAGGUGAAAGAUGCCACCAGAUGAGACUUAAGUACAGUACUCAUACAGUGAUUUCUGACAACUAACCAAUUACAAAAUAAUGUAACACCUGCAGUGAAAUGUGACUUUGUAAAUAUUCUGUGGCAGUAAAGUGAAUUUCAGUGGCAA